UUUAGUGACACUGGAACUAAACCUCCAGAGAGUGGUAUCUUUGGUUUUAUGAUUAAUAUUUCAGCACUUUUGGGUGUAGUUACAAUGUACAUCAGAUAUUUAUUAAUAGAGAAGCAAAAUGAGUCAUCACACUUUAUUAGGUCUUCAUGCAAUAUGCUUUCGUUAUGUAUUGGAUUGAUGGGCUGUAUUGGAAUGGGCAUAGUUGCAACUUUUCAGGAGCUGUCUGUUCCCAGUGUCCAUGACAUAGGAGCUUUGGUGGCAUUUGGCUCGGGUGUUGUAUACAUUACACUUCAGUCUAUAAUCUCUUACAAGUCCUGUCCACAAUGGAACACUUACUUUGUAUGUCACAUUAGGAUGGCCAUAUCUGUAAUAUCAAGCAUUGCUUUCAUUCCCAUGAUUGUGUUUGCUUCACGAAUUUCCAUGACAAAAAUUGACUGGACUCCAGGUGAAAAGGAUUAUACUUAUCAUUUUGUGAGUGCGAUCUGUGAAUGGACGGUGGCCUUUGGUUUUAUCUUCUUCUUUUUAACAUUCAUUAGAGAUUUUCAGAGAGUUUCUUUAAGGAUAUCAACAGAAAUACAUGAAGACUCCUGAGAGUGGAAAAAAUUAUAUUUUAUGUAUAUGAAUACUCUAGGUUUCUUUUUACUUAU